GAACUUGCGGGACUAUAGUACCGCAGAAACUUCUUACAACACUACAGUCUGCCGCCGACAUGCAUGAUCUCGCGUACGGCUUUUCGGCGCACUCAGCGUUUAAAAUGGAUAAAUCGCACCAUCGCGCUCCACGCAUACGCCCAACACGCUCCCCGCGAGUUCUAGCGCGGAGAUGCGCCUUUUCGCCGCCGGACCUUCCUAAUCGGCCGAUCGCGUGCCCGCCGACUACACUCGCUUACGCGAGUAGUUCCGCCGCCGAAGGUACUCCGCUAGCAUAAGAUCGCUGAGCUCCGGCGCUUGAGCCUCCAGCGCGGUGGUAAGCGGGUCGGCGACGUUGCAGGAACGGUUCGGCGUGGAGGGGCGUGUGCAGAUGAUUCCCUGAGGCAGGUCGUAUGGGAGGAUAGCGGUGUUCGAGAGGGUGUUCUGGCUCGUUUUUUGUGGGGAGAAGUGGGGAGGGAGUUGGGGUAGGGAGCAUGGAUGGAUGGGCUGGGUUCUGGGUUGGGAAUGCGGAC